UACACGUCACCUGUCGAGUCGAAAGACAGGACUCGAAUUCCUCUCCGUCUCGCUCCCUUAUCUUCGGCCAAAAUGACGGUCAGGAACGCGAUAUUGCUGCUCUCGCUGGCCUUAUUAACAGCAGCACAGCAAAGAGUGGCCCCAGGAGUCCCACCGGCGCAAUAUCAAGGGGGGCAACAGCAGCAAAUGAGGCCUCCCCCGCCGCCUCAACCUGGGCAAUAUCAGGCUGCAGCACCAGGUGUUCCACCACAGCAAUACCAACAGGCUCCUACAGUGCCACCACCACAGCAACAGCAAUACCAGCAACAACAGCAGCAGCAGCAAUACCAGCAGCCACCACAGCAACAACAGCAAUACCAGCAACCACCACAGCAACAGCAGCAAUACCAACAACCACCACAGCAACAGCAGCAGCAGUAUCAGCAGCCACAGCAGGCAGCUCAAGGCCACCAGCCGCACCAGAACCAGCGUGUGCUACACAACCCUAACCUAGGCAAGGAGCGGGAUCACAUCAAGGAGCAUCUUGAGGUGCCUAUUGACACUGCAGGCAUGUCUGAGCAGGAGCUGCAGUACCACUAUUUCAAGAUGCACGAUGCUGACAACAACAACAAGCUUGACGGACAGGAGCUGAUCAAGUCGCUCUUCCAUUGGCAUGACUCGGCCAACCAUGACCCAGCCAAGACUGCCAGCCACCCAGAUGCCAAGCUCUUCACUGAUGAUGAACUUGUAGCCAUGAUCGAUCCUAUUCUUGAACAGGACGACCGCAAUCGGGAUGGAUACAUUGACUACCCAGAGUUUGUGCAAGCACAGCGUAAUGCAGCAGCUGCAGCUGCUUCGACAGGAACUAAUAAUGUGUAAUUUAUUAGAGGGUACAUUUUUUUCUUUCUUUUUCUGAAGUCAUUCAUCAUGCCAGAAUUCAAAUUGGGUUAUUUAGUCUUUUUUAUCAUAUAUUUCUUUAUAUAUAUAUAUAUAUAUAUAUAUAUAUAUAUAUAUAUAUAUAUAUAUAUAUAUAUAUAUAUAUAUAUAUAAUCAAGUGCAAAAAAAGCUGUGGGGGUCAUUGCUUAGAUGGAAAAGUUUCAACAAGAAUAAUUGUGCUUCCAAUAUUUUUCUUAUUCAAUUAGCUCAUUGAAACCAAGGGGGCAAGUAUACAUGCCCUGUCUAUUGUGACUUCAGUUCUUUUGUUUACAUGUACAUGACUUCACAAUUCAGAGUCACCAAGAAAUCAAUUACAAGGUCCACUUGAUCUUGCCUGUUUAUGCUAUUACAUAACUUUUGAAAAGGAAAAUUUUAUUUUUAUCAGUAGCAGUAUUGCUAAAAAGAUUGAACUUCACCAAGUUUUUUUUUUCUGGAAAUUCAAUUAAUGGGAUAAACGUGUAAGAUUGACUCCUUGAUGACUGUGCUGGUAAAAGGCAUAUACCUAUAAACAAUAUUGACUAAACAGUUAAUCGUGCUUCAUGGUAAAUGUUAUAACUAGAAGAUAUACAUAUAUAUUUAUUCAGAUGGAUUUUAGAUGAAGAUAUUUAAAAAAAAGGGUGUGUGAAUAUUACCAUACAGAAGUGACCAUGAACAGUGCCAAUAAAGUGUGGGACUUUGAUGAAAGAAAGAUAAUUAUUUCUACAACUCUAUUUAUAUAACUUUUAAUCAUAUCAGUUUUUGGAGAGGAGGGAAGCACAAAGUGAAUCAUGUUUCAGAUAUUGUUUGUACCAUUUUUUUCAUUCCUUUUUCUUAUGAUGAUGAUUAGUUCUUUCUCAUUCUUUUAUUCUUUGAUGAUGCGAAGUUGAUAAUGAUGCACAAAUAAUGGAGAAAGAAACAUGACAUUACAGUAUUUAAAAUGACACAAAAAAUAUGAGUAAUGAGUGAUUUGGGCUUUGAUAAUGCUGCUCAAGUUUAUCACAAGGACUCUCUUAACUAACAUGUAAAUAAAUGUAACAUCUUUUUAUGUGAUGGAGUGCAAUUUUCUCAAUUUUUAGAAAUGUAAUGUUAAUCUGUUAGCGAUCGUAAGGGUUAACUUUUAUAUAUCAGAUAUACAGAUAUGGUAUCCAUAGGUGAAGUCUGCUAGAGAAAUAACAUGGCAUAUUUUUGUCAUGGAAGAGUACUCAGCCUUACAAAAGGUAUUAUGAUUUACAAUAAAUAAAAUGUAUAUUUAUGAAAUGUUUCUUUCCUCAGACUGAAGGUUUUUUGUUGAUGCAGAGUAUUGCUGUUGAUAUCAUGCUGAUUGUUAUUAUCAUUACUAUUAGUACUGUUAUUUUUUUCAGAACAUUAUUACAAUUUUUUUACAGUUUGAUUCUUUUUUUUUCUCUGAUUGUAAUAUUUUGUCCUUAUCCUGGGAUGCAUUGUCACAAUUUGUCAGUUUUAGAUUUCACAAAAAAAACUAAUUUGGAAUCUCAAAUUUAUGGGUGAUUUUAUGUAUAUUAUUGUAAAACUCUUACACAUUUUUUUUUACUUUAUUCAGUGGUUAUGGAUUUCCAUUUUUAUAUGACAAUAAGUUAAUAAAAUAUAUUGGUUAAA